CUAUACCGCCAAUGUUUUUUCAAGAUACAAUUUGGAAUGAAGUACCAUAAGUUAUCUGUCUCUGUGCAAAGAUGUGAACCAUCGCCAUGCACCCCAAACAUUAAUUUAGCAUCCAUGAGGUGUUCAAUAAGGCCAAAUGUCUUCUUCCAAUUCCUCAAAAAGGAUUGUGUUUCUAUGGCUAUUAUUAUAAUAACCAUAUACAGUAUGUUACCAUUAAUAAAAAAAACAGCAUCCAUAAAUUCAAUAACUAAAAUGAUCCAUCUUCCAGAAUCAUGAGCAAUAUGUUUAAGUACUUUCUCCUGAAGUGAUCCUUUCAAUAUAGCUGCACCAGCACAGUUACUAUUACCAUAAGCCAUCCAAAUGUUAUCUCCCCAUCGACGUCUCCAAAAAUGUAAGUCUGAAGCUAGAGCUAGAAAUGUGCCGGGCCAGCUCCAGCAUCCAGGCGCUGCUGAAAUGACGUCUGUUGUGAGUCAGUCCUCGUUUCUGAAGAAAGCAGCGCGUGCAGCACACUGGCAGCAGGAGAUGGAACAUUACCGUCACAUAGGGGUUUCCCUUAUAUCAGCUGAGCACAGGACCCCACCAUUACACUGCGAUGUAGGGGACGCCAGCGGGAGAACGGGCCCAGUUCAAAUAAUAGCACCUAAAUAUGUCGGCACACAAAUCAGAUCCAACAACACUUGGGACAAACGUGAGAGAUACUUCCUUCCCCGCAGAGCCCAACAGCACCACCAGCAACUGUUCCUGCCCCAGUGCAGCUCCAGCAGCCACUGCUGCCCCCAACUCCAGCCCCAGCAGCGCUGCACCUGCCUUGGGCCUCCUCACAGUUAAAUGGACGAGAAAAUGUGAAGGAAAAGUUUACCUGAUGCUCUAUCAUCCCUCCAACUCCUCCUUGCCUGUCUGUCAUGGCAGUGAGACAGGCGUCCAGAGUCUUCUGAGAAAUGUGUGUGAGAACACGAAAGGUUGUAAAGGCGCACCACGCUGGGAAAACAGCAAACAGCAGCUGAAUGGUUAUCACAUCACAGAGAGCGGAGCAAAGGAGCAGACCAGCUGUGGCACACUGAGCGUCCACUGCACAGUGUUUUCAGUUGAGGUCCUUGCAGAUGUACAAGGGCAGCUGCAUGCCUACAAAGUGGUGACAGCUUUGCUCUGCUGUGUGCUGCUGGUCCUGUUACUGAUCCGCUUCACAAGACCCACCGUCAAAGCCCUGCAGAAGAGACUAUCAGACAGGAGGCAGAAUCGCUGGAUCGGACCGACACAGAGUCACAGUGUGUCUUAUCAUCGAGGGAAAACUGCAGUUAAAAACAAUGACGGAGAGAAGAGACUGUCCUACCCUGCUCUGGAGCGACUGGCAGUCAGUGACAGCAGAGAGCCUUCAUCCAACAGGAACAGUGACUUCAACUUCUGACACGCUUCUUCUUCCUCUAUCUUCAUCAUCAUCAUCAUCCUCUAUAUGUGGGCUGAACAUGUGUUUUCAUAUGUGACUAUCUCCAGAUUGUAUCUUUGUGCAGGAAUAUCACCCCUGUUUGUCGAGGAAUUACUUACCAAUACAUUAUUCAAGAUCAUGUAAAAGUGAUACUUCAUCUUUUCAUAUACCUGCAUUUGCUGCAUCCCAUACUAAAAAUUCUGUUAUAGCCAAUAGUCAGUAUUUACAACCAUCAAUGUAUAGUAUCGUAUAUAAACUCAAUUAAGCAGCCCUUUUUAUAAAUUAAACUGGAAAAUGACACCAGAACAGGUAUUAUCAACCUGACUGAAGUUAUAUUAAGAUGUGAUAUUUUAAUGGAACCUUACAAUAUUUUGGGAAACACACUUAUUAGCCAUCAUUGUACAUUUUACUCAUACAUUCUGGUUUUAGCAGUUAGCAUUGGAGCUACUUCUUAAAUAACAACCGCUGGGCACAGCAACUUAAAAAGUCCUGAAUGGUGUUGGAUACACUGGUGACUAGCUUGUUUGCUAAAAAGCUCCAACAUGUAAAUCAAACAGCAGUGGAGUUGUUAGAAGGUGUAUUUUUCACUUUUUACCAGGCUGGCAGUUUCCUUCUCCCAGUCUUUGUGCUAAGCUAGGCUAAACACAUUCAGGACCUAUCUCUGUACUGGACAAACAGGGAUAAAACUGAGAAACUCACAAACAACAAGAGUAGUUUCCAAAACGUUUCUUUAAUCAGAAAAACAUUCAUAAAAAACUUUCUGAGAAUAUUGAUUCAAUAACAUCUGAUUCACUGACAUUGUAACAUAAUGAGUUUUGUUGCUUUUGUUGACCGUUUGGGAUUUUGGAUUAAUAUUGUGAACUUAUUAUUUUCAGUAAAAUGAUCUAAGUUGA